UCCGUGUAGGCGCGGUAUUACUGCGCAGUGCUCCCUCCUCCUUUGUCCCUCUGCGAGCGCUUCACUCCUGUGGUAAUCUUCAGUCAGGACGACAGCUUCAGCCGCAGACAUGUCAACCAGGGUUGCUGUGGUAACAGGUAGUAACAAGGGCAUCGGCCUGGCCAUCGUCCGAGCUCUCUGCAAGCAGUUUGAAGGAGACGUUUACCUCACUGCUAGAGAUGUCGGGCGUGGUGAGGACGCAGUGAAGGUUCUGUCCUCUGAGGGGCUGAAGGCCAUGUUUCACCAGCUAGACAUCAAUGACUUGGACAGCAUUAAAACUGCUGCUGCUUACUUUAAAGGGAAGUACGGCGGAGUGGACAUUCUCAUCAAUAAUGCUGGGAUAGCAUUCAAAGCGGCAGACACAACUCCAUUUGAUGUCCAGGCCGAGGUGACCCUCAACACAAACUUCUUUGCCACCAGAGACAUGUUGACUCACUUCCUGCCGAUCGUUAAAGCUGGAGGUCGUGUGGUGAAUGUUUCCAGCUUUGUCAGUGCACUUACGUUGAACAAGUGCAGCUCGGAGCUCCAGCAGCGUUUCCGCAGUGAGGACCUCACAGAGGACGAGCUGGUGGCACUGAUGCAGCAAUUUGUCAGCGAAGCCAAGAAAGGCAAACACAAAGAAGGCGGCUGGCCCGAUUCAGCAUAUGGAACAUCUAAAGUCGGGGUGACGGCCCUGUCCAUGAUUCUUGCUCGUCAAGUUUCCAAGCAGAGACCAAAUGAUGGGAUCUUGCUGAACGCCUGCUGUCCAGGAUGGGUGCGCACCGACAUGGCUGGUGAUAAAGCCCCCAAGUCACCAGAGGAGGGUGCUGUCACUCCAGUGUACCUGGCCCUGCUGCCACCCGGAGCCACAGAGCCUCACGGAAAAUUUGUGUCUGACAAGCAAGUUCAGCCGUGGUGAUGAGUGUGUGAUUGUCAGCGUUUCCACCCAAACGACAUGUCGAAGAUCCAUAUUUAGAAUAGAUGAACCUGAAUAACCCAGACACAUUAAUACAGCAACCUGAAGAUGCCCUUUUUUCAAAACGAUGCAUUUUUAACAGUUUGAGUCUGUCAGUGUGCAUGUGUGUAUCUGCUGGAUUAUAACAUAUACAGUAAUUAAACUUGUGUAUGUGUAAGGGCUAAUGUUUUUGAUACAACACUUUGCCUGUGGCAGUAUGAAUGUUUGAUCAUUUUUUUACAUGGAGGAAAGUAAAUGUGCUUUGUGUAUGAAAUAUGAAUCUCCCGAAGAACUAAUAGACAGUUUUCUGCAGCACAGGGCUUGUGCAUUAACUGGUUAUGAGCAGAAUAGAAACAUUAAAUUUAUUACAAUGAUAUAGAAGAAAUGCACAUAAAACCGAAGACUUGUCUUCAGUUAAAAAUAAUGACAUUUAUUGUUAGCUGAGGAUGAAAAUGAUUUUGUUAUUCAGGUACAUUUGUGCCAUUAUAAAGCAUAAAAACUUAAGAAAACUUGAUGGUGGAGAGGAAAGGAAGCCAUUUUUUUCCUGCUCUUCCAUCAUCUCUUGAACCAGAAAGCCAACCAUACAAGCAGCAUGCAGAUACAGAUUAUGAUGUAAAUAUCAUGUUGCUGUGAGGUCAGA